UACUGGUAUAAAAUAAGUUAAAAGGAGCUUAAGUUUCCUGUUUCAUGCUAGCCUACUAUCUGCUUUGAAAACAACAUACUGCUUUAGUGUGUCUGGUUUAGUUUGGAUCAAGUUUGUUCUGCUCCCUCUCUGGAUCAGUCUAAGAGGAAAAAACAGAAAGCCUAGCUCCAUAAAAAAAGCACAGGCUUAGAUUGUACCUGUGGCUCAGCACAAAAAUGUAUCUCAGGUUUGUGCAACUUAGGGGCUUCCAGCUCUUUCCUGAACUGUUCCUCCUUGAAGGCCUAGUUAAACACAACCUCUUUAAGCAUAAGAGGUUAAUGAGCAGGUUAGCAGUGAUGUUCUAGUAAAGCUAACUUGUUAAAUUUGAGACAAAGACAUACACAGUUUCAUCACGAGCUUGCUGCCACUGAAAGAGGAUGGCCUCACUUCCCCUCCUGUUUUGUUCCUAUUACAUCCCUUGGGCUGGUCCUGAUGUUCACGUGGCCUCAUGCCAAGCUGAUGUAACUCACUAAAAUGGCAUGCAAUGGGCCAAAAUGGAGAGGGGCCAAAAUGAAGGCAGGCUUUUUGCCAAGUCAGUGCACUGAGUCUGUGUUCCUGGAGCAGAGAAGCACACAGGCCUGUGCAAGGGCCACUUGGAGGGGAUGGAGAGAGGAGACCUUGCUGUGGAGAGCUUAGCUUAGUGUAGCUGUAUUUUGAAACUGUUGGACCAGCACUGGUCUGGUAAGUGCUCCGCUUUUAGGAGAGAGUGGCAGUCACUACUUCUAAACCUGCACCCAGAGACCUUGACUAUCUAAAUCCAGAGUGGCCUGCAUGACUGGGACCACCCUUGAAGUGGCGAACUGUUACUUUAAUGUUAGAAAAAGUUUGUCCUUUGGAAGGUGCACCAGCAGCUCUUACUGGGAGGUGGUACUUGGUGACUUCUCCAGAAAGAUUUCCCAUUAUUAGUGCUUGACAAACUAAUAACUCCCCCUAUGAGGGCAGUACAGCACUGGAGUUUUACCCCCCACUCAAAGCUUUUAAGGAGGAUGGCAGAGUGGUUUUGGGUCGUGGAUGUGGGGAACAUCAGCAAUCUGAAGCCCUGAACUAACAUGCAGUACCACUUUAAAAUUUUUCAUUCUGCUGUGGAGAUUAUUGGCACAGCCUCCUUCAGUAAAUGCAAGGUUGUUGCUAUGGAGGACAGGAAAUCCCUUGUCUGUGCAGAGAAGGAAAACAUUGGAAACUGUCCUACUGUAAAGUACAGCUGCCUCUGAGCUGGGAGAGGGGUCUUUGCUUCUACAGGGUGUUUUCCAAAGGUCUCUGUUUUUGUCUGCAAAUCUUUGUGCAUAUUUGCUUUGUUUCUUAGUGAGCUGCUUAUGCAUUUGAAGAGCUGGACUAAGGAAGUGGGACCAGCUGGUUAGGACUAAUUUUAAGUGCCCUCUAUAAUGUGAGAAGCAGGAGAGAUUUUUGCUUGGGAGUAAGAUACUUGGCAAACUUAAAGAUUCUGCCUUCCCUUUUAACAUCUGUUCCUCUCUAGUGUUUGUGGGGGAAGGUCUGUACCCUUUCUUCCCUUGGUCCUCUUUGGGCAGGAGGCAUCUCUGCCAUGGUGGGUCUCUGCUCUCCACCUGGCAAUCUGAGAUGAAUCCUGGCUGCUGUUGCUGGAGGUGGGAACAGCCGUUUCGGCUGUGUGUGCAGCUUUAGCAGCUGGCCUUCUGUUCCUGCCAAAUACCUAGACGCUUAGAGUUGGUGUAGCCUUAUGAGAUGGGGAAGAUGUGAGGCUUGAGGAAAGUCUUUCAGGAUAUGUUGGCACCAUCUUUCCAUUGCAGGCUCUGCAAGCAGACCAAGUUGCCUCAGGAGUUGAGACCAGACAAGCCUGUGGUGGGUUAAUCAGCUUUGUUAAGCCAUCACUGUUAACGUCAUCAAGUUAUAAAGGUUGAGCUGCUUGGCUGCUGCUAGGCAUGAAUGCAUAACCCAUCACCAGUACUUGUCCUUCCCUAUACUCUGCUUCAGAAGCCAGAUGAGCAGGUUACUGCUUAUGUGUACCAGUGGUUGUUGAUCAGCUGUACAUGGACCACUGGAUCAGGACUUCUCCUUCCUCCAUAGACAGGCACAGAAGAACAAGGCAAGAUGGAUGUGUAUGACCCUCAGACACUGGGUGUUAUGGUCUUUGGAGGUUUUAUGGUGAUAUCAGCCAUUGGGAUCUUCCUGGUGUCCACAUUCUCCAUGAAGGAGACGUCUUAUGAGGAAGCCUUGGCCAAGCAACGCAAAGAGCUUGAGAAGACCCAGCAGCAGAAAAUAGAGAAAAAGAAGAAAGAGAAACCUGUUGAGAAAAAAGGAAAAGCAAAGAAAAAGGAAGAGAAGCCUAAUGGAAAGAUCCCAGAGCAGCAGCUGACUCAGGAAGUGACGGACUCUCCCAAGGAUGUGAUUCUUGAGCCUGCUGUGGUGUCUGAGCCCGUAACCAUUGAGUCUCCAAUCACAGCAGUAUCAGUGCCCCCUCAGGAAAAAGAGAAACCUGCUCCAUCACCUAAGGAGAAGAGGAAGAAAGAGAAGAAGGUGGCAAAGGUAGAGCCUGCUCCUAGCCCGGUCUUGGCUUCGCCUCCUGUCAGUGUAUCCAAAAAUUCUCCUGUCUUGGAGGUGACCCCUAAGGAGGUGCCUGUUGUGGCCGUGCCGCCUGUUGGCACACAGCAAAGUGCUCCGGUCAUCAGCUCUGUCAUCAAGAAAAGUGAUGCCCUUCCAACCCAUGAGGAGCAGAAGCACGAUGGACCUGUCAAGAAGAAGGCUGCAUCCAAGAAGAAGAGCGAGCCAGCACCCACCGACUCAGAUGGGCCCCUCUACCUGCCCUACAAGACACUUGUGUCCACCGUCAGCAGCAUGAUGUUCAGUGAGGGGGAGGCUCAGCGGCUCAUUGAGAUCCUGACAGAGAAAGCAGGCAUUGUCCAGGACACCUGGCACACGGCCACGCAGAAGGGUGACCCAGUCGCCGUCCUGAAACGCCAGCUGGAGGAGAAGGAGAAGCAGCUCGCAGCGGAGCAGGAGGAUGUGGCUGCUGCCAGAAACAAGCUGCGGGAGCUGAGCAAGGAACUGGCGGCCGAGCGGGCCAAGGCGGCAGCCACGGAGGGCAAGCUGAAGGAGCAGCUGCUGGCCCGCGAGCGGGAGAUUGCGGCUGUGCAGGCGCGCAUGCAGGCCAGCUACCAGGACCAUGUCAGUGAAACACAGCAGCUCCAGGGCAAGAUCCGGACCCUGCAGGAGCAGCUGGAGAAUGGCCCCAACACACAGCUGGCUCGCCUGCAGCAGGAGAACUCCAUCCUGAGGGACGCCCUCAACCAGGCCACCAGCCAGACGGAGAGCAAGCAGAACACUGAGCUGGCCAAGUUACGGCAAGAGUGCAACAAGCUGAUGAAAGAGCUGUCUGAGAAGUCGGAGGUGCUGCAGCAAGAGGAGCAGCAGAAGAAGAGCUGGGAGAUCAAAGUGGCAGCUUCUGAGAAGCAGAUUGAACAGCUGCAGGCUUCCCAAAGGGAGGUGGAGGCGACGCUGCAGAAGAGGCUGGAUGAAGUAAGCGAUGAGCUCCGCAAAACCCAGACCAGCUACAAGAGCUUGUUAGCAGAGGCAGAAAAGGCCAGAGGACAGCAGCAGAGCAUUGCUGAACUGCAGGCCAAGUUACUGAGCUCCGAAGCAGAGGUUAAAAGCAAGUUGCUGGAGCUGGACAACGUGAAGAGGAAACUGCAGGAUGCCAGCUCAGAGAAUACGAAACUCCUGGAAAGGAUCAAAUCCAUUGAAGCUCUGCUGGAGGCAGGCCAGAUGAGGGAGGCAGAAAAAGACAGAGACUUGCAGGCAGCCAACGAAGCAGAAAUGAAGCAGCUGCGGUCAAGGCUCCAAGAGAAGAUGGACCAGCUCUCAUCCUUGGAAAGGGAAGCCACAGAGCUACGAGAGGUGGUGGAACAACAGAAGACCAAAAACAAUGACCUUCGUGAGAAGAACUGGAAAGCAAUGGAAGCGCUGACCACAGUGGAGAAAGCGUGUGAGGAAAAACUACUUGCUGCUACAAAAGCAAAGGAAGAGCUGGCCCAACAGCUGGAUAUGCUCCAGACCCGAACCAAGCAGACACUGCUCUCUGCCCUCCCUGGAGUCACCGUGUCCUCACAGCAGGAUUAUGAUAUGUGGCUACAAGAGUUUAAGGAGAAGACCAUGGAUGUUAUAAAGCAGCAGACAAUUACAGCAGAGCCCACGGAUUCAGCACUUAAAUUAAAAGAGGCAGAGGAAGCGCAAAGCACUUUACAAGCAGAAUGUGAGCAGUACAGAGCCAUCCUUGCCGAGACGGAAGGGAUGCUGCGAGACCUGCAGAAGAGCGUGGAAGAGGAGGAGCAGGUGUGGAAAGCAAAGCUCACAGCAUCUGAGGAGGAACUCCAAAAGUCACAACUCCAGCUGAAAUCCCUUGAAGACAUGGUGGAGAAGUUGAAAGCAGAUCUGCAGAGCACAGAUCAGAUAAAGGAAUACACCUCUCUUCUGGAAACGCAACUGGAAAAUCACUUGGAGACAGCCAGCUCUGAACGCCAAAACUACACAAAAGAAGUUGAAGCUUUGAGGCAGCUCUUGUCAGAGUCCCAGCAGCAGCUGGAGGCAGCGAAGACAGAAACGCAGAAGCAGAGCAAGGAGCUGGCCCUGGUCAGGCAGCAGUUGAGUGAGAUGAAGAACCGUGUACAGGAUGGAGAAGUAGUGAGGUUACAAGCUGACCCAAGUGAGCCUGCACCUCUUGAGUUGAAAACUCAGCUGGAGCAAAAUGAAGCACUAGUGGAGAAGGAGCAAGUGCUGCGGCAAAAGCUGGCACUGGAGCUGGAGGAGGCCCAGAACUCAGCAUGCAGUCUGCAAGCAGAGCUGGAAAAGCUGAGAUUGGCUGAAAAUGCAGCAGCUUCAGACAUGGAGGAGGCCCAGCAACUCAAGGAAAGACUUGAAAAAGAAAAAAAAUUAACAAAGGACCUGGGCCAGGCAGCAACGAAACUACAGGAGCUACUGAGAGUUACCCAGGACCAACUGGCCAAAGAGAGAGAAACAGUGAAGAAGUUGAAAGAACAGCUUCAGGAAAAGGGGGAAGAGGACAGUUCGAAGGAAGGGACUUCAGUUUGAUGAGUCUGUGACUUGAACCUUAACCUUCAACUUACCAAAAUGCCUUACACAUUCCUAAAAAUAUAUGCUGAAUUUAUUGUAGAGAAAAGAUACAAGCCUUUAGUGACCCAAAACCUAGUUUUAAAACUUAAAAAAAGAAAAAAAUACAAAAAACCCAAAAAACCCCGACCAGUAAACGCCACAGGCGUACGUUUGUAAGAAACUCAUCAUACUGUUUUGUACAACUGUUCAUUCCCCAGGGAGCUACUCUGACAGUAGUGGGGCAGUGGCUUCACCCUCUUGUCCCGUCAGAACCCACAGAAUGUGUGAAAAGGGAAGGCUGUGUUUGUACAUCAACUGGUGCAAUUAUUAUUUUUUUUUUCUUUUUUUUUUCUCUCUUUGUUUUUGAGUGAAAGAAGUGUGAAAGUAAGACCUGCCAUGGAAGGAAGCCUCUCUUUGAUGGGUGGCUCUUGGCACGUAUCCUCUUGAGUAUUUCUGGGUGUCGAUGCAAUUAAAAUGAUGUAGUGAAAAGA